UUUGAUAACCCAGUAUCCAGACCACACAGUGAUCUGACUAGCCUACUGGGCCUAAACCCGCGUCACAGAGAUUUUUAAGCCUCCAUUUAAGGGCCCUCUGAUAAACUGGUGGUCUGGGGCGCCUGAGCAAGUCCGCAGGUAAAUUCUCAGGUGGCCACAGGAGUGAGAGAGCGAAACUGCGUCUGGGAAGGAUCGAUCCCUGGCCUAGACCAACAGGGCGAUCCUUCCAAAAAAAAGCUUACAGUAAUUUUACUACAUUUUACAAAAAAAUGACGAAUCUAGCAGCGUCUACUUGCCUCCACUCAUGUCUCCUUGUUUUGUUCUUGAGUUCAGUCUCAGCAGUCAUAUAUGAAGAUCAACAGGUAUUAUUAACGAUUAUGUGCAUACUAACUUAAGUCUUAAAUUGACUUCUAAUUUUUUUUAUUUUUUGAAAAUUAAAUGGACUUCUAAUUUGCACAUACGGUACAUUAAGUGUGUACUUUUUGCUUCUAAUCAGUUUCUUUUGACAAUUUCAAAAUUUCAAUAGAUAAUAGCACUUCUUAAUUUUGCAUAAACCACAGUUUAAGUAGAAGAAAAAAAACAAAUUUUUAGCUUAUAAUCAUCAUCACUAAGUUAUACUGAUUUGUUUUAAUUUAAACUGACUUGAUUCUUCCAUCGUUUUAGCUUAUAGUCAUCACUAAGCGUUUUACCUUACCCCGUUUUAGAAACUUUUAGUUUUGCAGUUUUCUGUUUACGUAUCCGUCUCGGUAUACCUAGCCAUUCGUUAUACAUGAUGAGUUGAUGAUGAUAUAUGAUGAUCCAUGAAGGUGUAUAUAGUCUACAUGGGUUCACUUUCGUCUCGCGCAGACUACAUACCAACGUCCGAUCACAUGAGUAUUCUUCAACAGGUCACAGGAGAAAGUUCGAUCGAAGGUCGCUUGGUGAGAAGUUACAAGAGGAGUUUCAACGGUUUCGCAGCCAGGCUCACUGAGUCAGAACGUACACUAAUUGCCGAAAUGGAGGGAGUUGUGUCUGUGUUCCCAAACAAAAUGUUACAACUCCAAACGACGACGUCUUGGGACUUCAUGGGGUUGAAGCAAGGAAAUAAUAUAAAGAGGAACCCUGCCGUGGAAAGUGAUACCAUUAUCGGAGUUAUCGACAGUGGGAUCACACCGGAAUCUCUGAGCUUUUCUGACAAAGGCUUUGGUCCUCCUCCUAAGAAAUGGAAAGGUGUUUGUUCCGGCGGCAAAAACUUCACUUGCAACAACAAGUUGAUUGGGGCAAGAGACUACACAAGCGAAGGUACUAGGGACACUAGUGGCCACGGCACACACACGGCUUCCACGGCGGCUGGAAAUGCAGUCGUGGACGCAAGUUUCUUUGGAAUUGGCAAUGGUACCGUAAGAGGUGGCGUUCCGGCCUCUAGAAUCGCCGCUUACAAAGUCUGCACCCCGUCAGGGUGUAGCUCGGAAGCUCUACUGUCUGCGUUCGAUGACGCGAUUGCAGACGGUGUGGACCUCAUCACCAUCUCUAUUGGGUUUACAUUCGCGUCCAUUUUCGAAGAUGACCCGAUAGCGAUCGGAGCUUUUCACGCUAUGGACAAAGGGAUUCUCACUGUCAGUUCUGCGGGUAACAGCGGUCCAAAUCCCACCACAGUCUCGCACGUAGCACCAUGGAUCUUUACCGUUGCAUCCAGCACCACGAACCGUGGGUUUAUCACCAAAGUUGUUCUCGGAAACGGCAAGACACUUGUCGGGAGGUCAGUGAAUGCUUUCGAUAUGAAGGGAAAGAAGUACCCUCUAGUGUACGGAAAAUCUGCAGCUUCCUCUGCUUGUGACGCAAAAACCGCAGGACUUUGUGCGCCAGCGUGUCUAAACAAAAGCCGUGUGAAGGGAAAGAUCUUAGUGUGUGCUGGUCCGAGUGGUUUCAAGAUAGCUAAAUCAGUUGGAGCUAUUGCAGUCAUUUCUAAAUCCACUAGACCAGACGUUGCAUUCACUCACCAUUUACCUGCCUCUGAUUUACAACCAAAAGACUUUAAGUCUCUCGUCUCUUACAUUGAGUCCCAAGAUUCCCCAAAAGCGGCUCUUCUAAAAACCGAAACAAUCUUCAAUCGUACAUCUCCUGUUGUCGCGUCUUUCUCUUCUCGCGGUCCAAACACCAUCGCUGUUGAUAUUCUCAAGCCGGAUAUAACAGCACCAGGAGUGGAGAUCCUUGCUGCAUUUUCACCUGAUGGUGAACCGUCUCAAGAUGACACCAGACAUGUGAAGUACUCUGUUUCCUCUGGAACUUCAAUGUCUUGUCCGCACGUUGCAGGGGUGGCUGCGUAUGUCAAAACGUUUCACCCUAAAUGGUCUCCUUCCAUGAUUCAAUCUGCCAUCAUGACAACUGCUUGGACCGUAAAAGCUAAUGGACGUGGCAUCGCAUCGACCGAGUUUGCUUAUGGAUCUGGGCAUGUCAACCCAAUAGCCGCUUUAAAUCCUGGACUUGUCUAUGAAUUGGACAAAGCAGACCACAUCGCCUUUCUGUGCGGCAUGAACUACACUUCGAAGACCCUUAGAAUCAUCUCGGGUGAUACCGUCAAGUGCUCCAAAAAAAACAAAAUCUUGCCUAGAAACCUUAACUAUCCUUCAAUGUCGGCCAAAUUGUCAGGAACCGAUAGCACCUUCACUGUGACUUUCAACAGAACUUUGACCAACCUCGGCACGCCAAACUCUACAUACAAAUCAAAAGUAGUCGCAGGUCACGGAUCUAAGCUUGGCAUCAAGGUCACGCCUAGUGUUCUGUAUUUUAAGACAAUGAACGAGAAGCAAUCUUUUAGGGUCACUGUUACAGGCAGGGACGUCUGAAAUUACUAUAUGUGUGCUAGAUCUAUACGUUUGUAUGAUGAGAGAGUGUAACGAGUUCGUAUGUGCAUAAAGUAAAUGAGACACAAGAGAUUUGUUAA